CAUUUCCUCCCUCCCUCCUUCUCCCCUUUUCCUCGUUUGCCAGAGGCUGCUUCCCCUUCUCUGUCCUGAGCGACCUGGGACAGGGUGAGCGGGAACCCAAAGUGGGGUCAGGUCCAUGCGGAGACCGAGUGCGGAGGUGCGGCGGGACCGGAAUACCAGCAGCUGGUUAGGGAGCCUAGAGAGAAGGGGAGCUCUGUCUCCUUUGGCCUCUGCUGUCCCCCAGGAGGUGGGAGCGCUGAGAAGGAGGGGAUGGCGCCUGUGCCAAUGCCAGCCAGGCCCUGCCGGGAAUCAGUGACAUUCCAGGAUGUGGCUGUUGAAUUCACCUGGGAGGAGUGGGGACAUUUAAACCCAUCUCAGAAAAAGUUGUACAGGGAUGUGAUGUUGGAAAACUACAAGAACUUGGUCUCUUUGGGAUUUGCAGUUUCCAAACCAGAUGUGAUCUACCAAUUGGAAAGAAACGAAGCAUCCUGGACGCCAGAGGCAGAUAUUUCAAGAAGCCACUGUCCAGAGAACAAAGAAUUUAUUGGAGAGAAACUUUAUGAAUGUAAUAAAUGUGGGAAUACCUUCAGGAGUAAAGCACAACUUAGUGUGUAUCAGAGAAUUCCUAGUGGAAAGAAUGAAUGUGAGGAAUGUGGGAAGAUCUUCAAUCGCAACUCAGCUUUUACUAAAACACAAAAAAUUCCUAAUGGAGAGAAACGUUAUGAAUGCAGUGAAUGUGGAAAGGCCUUCAGGAGGAAGGCACAUCUUACUGUGCAUCAGAGAAUUCAUACUGGAGAUAUUCUUUAUGAAUGUAAAGAGUGUGGAAAGGCUUUUCACUACAACUCAGCACUUAUUCUACAUCAAAGAAUUCAUACUGGAGAGAAACCGUAUGAAUGUAAUGAAUGUGAAAAAGCUUUCAGGAGUAAGACACAACUUACUGUGCAUCAGAGAAUUCAUACUGGAGAGAUUCUUUAUGCAUGUAAAGAAUGUGGAAAGACUUUUCACUACAACUCAGAACUUAUUCGUCAUCUAAGAAUUCAUACUGGAGAGAAACCUUAUGAAUGUACUGUAUGUGGGAAGGCUUUCAGGAGGAAACCACAUCUUACUGUGCAUCAGAGAAUUCAUACUGGAGAGAAGCCUUAUGAAUGUAGUGAAUGUGGGAAGAACUUCAAAAGGAAGGCACAACUUACUGUGCAUCAGAAAAUUCAUACAGGAGACAUUCUUUACGAAUGUAAGGAGUGUGGAAAGGCUUUCCACUAUAAUUCAGCACUUAUUCUACAUCAAAGAAUUCAUACUGGAGAGAAACCUUAUGAAUGUAGUGAAUGUGGUAAGGCUUUCAGGAUCAAGGCACGUCUUACUGUGCAUCAGAGAAUUCAUACUGGAGAGAUUCUUUAUGCCUGUAAGGUUUGUGGGAAGGCUUUCCAUUACAACUCAGAACUUAUCCCACAUCAAAGAAUUCAUACUGGAGAAAAACCUUUUGAAUGUUUUGUAUGUGGAAAAGCCUUCCGCCGGACUGUAGAUCUUACUCAACAUCAAAGUAUUCAUACUGGGGAGAGACCUUUUGAAUGUAAUGAAUGUGGGAAGACAUUCACACUGAGGAAAUACCUUGCUCAGCAUCAAAGAAUUCAUUCUGGAUAGAAACCUUAUGAGUGUAAUACACUUGGGAAGGCCUUUAGGCCUGAGGACACUAGUUUAUACCCAUCAGAGAAUUGAUACUAGAGACAUUCAUCAUCAAUAUAAGGAGUAUGAGACGGCCUUCUACUAUAGCUUAGAAGUUUUUUUGACAUAAAGGAGAGAAACCUUAUGAAGGUAGUGAAUUUGGGAAGGCAGGUCUUACUUUGCACCAGAGAAUUCAUAUUGGAAAGAUUAUUUUAAAAAAUAUUUUAUUUUUUAAAUUUCAUCUAAAUAAAUUUUAACAAUCAUUUAAAAAUUUUUUGAGUACCAAAUUCUCUCUUUUCCUUUCGUCCCUUCCACCCUUCAUGAGAAGGACAGCAGUUUCAAAUAGGCUACACACAUGCAGUCAUGAAAAAUAUUUCCAUAUUGGCCAUGUUUUAAGAGAAAACAUGGACAAAAAAAGAAGAAAGAAUUUUUUUUAAGUAUGUUUUGAUUUGUAUUCAGACUUCAUCAGUUCUUUCUCUGGAGAUGAAUAGCAUUUUUCAUAAUUCCUUCAGAAUUGUCUUGAGUCAUUGUUUUGCUUAGAAUAGCUAAGUCAAUUAAAAUCGAUCAUUUAACAAUGUUACUUUUAUGAUGUACAGUGUUCUCCUGGUUCUACUCAUUUCACUUUUCAUUAGUUCAUGUAAAUCUUACCAAGUUAUUUCUUAUAGCACAAUAAUAUUCAUUACAACUCGUGAUGUAUACCAUAGCUUAUUCAGCCAUUCACCAAUUGAUGGGCAUCCCUUUGAUUUCCAAUUUUUUCUACCACAAAAAGAACUACUUUAAAUAUUUUUGUACAUAUAAGUCCUUUUCCUUUUCUUUUUAAAUCUAUUUGAGAUAUAGACCUACUAGUGGUUAUUUGUCCUACAUUUUCAAAGAUGACCAAAGAUAUCACAAGUGAUAUCUUCACAUGUGCAUGAAUUGUAUUUAAGUGAGGUAGAAAAACACAAAGUUGUUGGCUGCAUUCUUCUUUUUUAAAAGAAAUUUCAAUAGUAGUGGUGAUAAUAGGCAUCCUUGCUUCACACCUGAACUUAUUGGUAAGGCUUCUAGUUUAUCACUAUUACAGAUAAUGCUUGCUGAUAAUUUUAGAUAAAUGCUAUUUAUAAUUUUAAGAAAUCUGAUUUAUUCCAAUGUUUUCUAAUUUUUUAAUAAGAAUGGGUGUUGUAUUUUGUCAGAGGCAUUUUCUGCAUCUUUUGAGAUAAUAAUAUGGUUCUCUUGGUUUUGCUAUUCAUAUGGUCAAUUAUGUUAAUAGUUUUACUAAUAUUGAACUAACAUUGCAUUCCUGGUAUAAAAUUCACCUUAUCAUAGUGUAUUGUCUUUCUUAUAUAAUGCUGUUAUCUUCUUAUUAGUAUUUUAUUUAAAAAUUUUUCUCAGUGUUCUUAUUGAGGCUAUUGGUCUAUAGUUUUCUUUCUCUAUAUUAGCUCUUCCUGGUUUUAGGUAUCAGUACCAAAUUUCUUUCAUAAAAGUGAUUUUUGAAUUCCUUCUUCUCUUGUUUUUCCAAACAGUUUAUGUAAUAUUGGACUUCUUUGAAUAUUUGAAUGAAUUUACUUGUGAAGCCAUCUGACCUUGGGGUCCUUUUUUCUUAGGGAAUUCUUUAAUAAUUUUUUUCUGUGAUGGGGUUUAUGUAUAUCCCUGCUUUUUUAACUUUAGCUGAAGCAUAAUAGAUUCUUUACUUUUACUCUGUGCAUGUCCUCUUGCUUUAAAUGUAUUUCUUGUAGACAGAAUCUUGUGGGAUUCUGGCCUUUAAUCCACUAUGCUAUUAUCUCCCCUUUUAUGGGUCAGUUAAUGCUGUUCACAUUCACAGUAAUAAUCUCUAACCACGUAUUUCCCUCCAUUUUAUUUUCCAUCUGUUUAUCUUCACCUUCCUCUCCUUUCAGCCUUUCCCUUUUAACAAGUUUUUGCUUCUGACUACCACUUCUCCAAGUUCACUCUCUUUUUUGUCCAUCCCCUACUUGUCUUAUUUCCCUUUCCUUUCUUGUUUCCAUACAGGUUUCUGUAGCUAACUGAAUGUGAAUGUUAUUCCUGCUUUGCACUAAUUCCGAUGCGAGUAAGGUUCAAGCAUUGCCUGCCACCCCUAUUCCCCAUCUUCCCUUUCAUUGUAUUGAUUCUUACAUGCCUCAUCAUGUGAGAUAAUUUACCCCAAACUUUCUGAACUUUUCUCUUUUCCCAGUUCAUUCCUCUUAUCCCUUGAUUAAAAAAAAAACAAAACCAUCAUCCCUUAAUAUUCAACUCCUUGCCAUCUCUUUGUAUGGAUCUAUUCACUAUUCUAAUAUUGAUAAAAUUCUUAAGUAUCUUUUGUACCUUAAAGAUCCCAAGCACUUUAGGUAUUGUAGAUAUCUUAAGUAUCUUAAGUUAUCAUCUUAUAUAGUAAUGCAAUCAGUUUAAGCCCAUUAUUUCUCUUGAUUACCUUAAAGAUCCUAAUGCAUCUCUUGGCUUCUGGGAUCCAAGAUGGUAGAGUAAGGAAUGUUCUGAACACGCCCAAACCCACUUCCAAAUAACCACAUAAAAACUGACUCAACACAAAUUUUGGAGAGAUAGAACUAAUAAGACAAAGGGAAGCAGAGUUUCAGUAUAGAGGGACAGUAGGAAGGAUCUACCUUGCUGAGGUAAGCAGGGAGAGCUUUGGAACAGGCUGUGUAAGGAGCAUCCCAGCACAUACUGAGGAAUAUGGGGAGAGGCCCAGGUGCAAACAGCUGGGAGGACUAGUUCAGCAGAACUAACCUGGUACUCAUGAUAUCACAGUGAACUGGCUUUCUAAGGAGCAUAAUUCACCUAUGCAGUACAUUUCUCUCUCACUCAGGGAAACCCAGGGAUAGUACUUCCUCUACCCCAGGAGUGGAGCUGAGCUUCAGCAUAUAAGCAGGAUCACAAAAAUCCCCCUUAAAUAAGCAAAAGACAAAAGUCUGGCCUCAGAAAACAUAAGCUCAGAAGAAAACAGUACCAAAAUGGCAGUGUGUGAAGCCUCAAAGGCAAAUGUGAAAUGAUAUAUCAGUCCCAAAAUGAACUCUGGAAGAACUCCAAAAGAGGAUCAUAAAACAAAUAAGAAAACUAGAAGAAAAAUUUCAAGGAGAAGUGAGAGACCUAAGAAAGGAAACACAAAACUUCAAGCAAAAGAAGUAACUCUCUAAAAAAGGAAAUAACAAAAGUCUAAGAAAAAAAUGACUCCCUAAACAUUAGAAUUGGACAAAUGGGAGCUAAUGACUCUGGAAGAUGGUAGGAAACAAAUUCAAAGGAAGGAAAAAAGUAGAAGGAAAUCUGAAAUAUCUCACUGAAAAAAAUGAAUGACUUGCAAAAUAGAUCCAGGAAAUAUAACCAAGAAUCAUUAGACUGCCUGGAAGCCAUAAUUGGAAAAGCAGCAUAGACAUCAUAUAGAAAGGACUUAUCAGGAGAAAUUGCCCUAAUAGUUUUGAACAAAAGGGGAAAAUAGAAAUUGAAAGAAUUCACCAAUUGCCUCCUGAAAGACACCCCAAAUUUAAAAAUUCCAGGACUAUUAUAGCCAAAUUUUAAAAUUUCCAGGCCAAGGAGAAAUUAUGGCAAGUAGCCAACCUUCCCCCCCCCAACCAAAAAAAAAAAACAAACCAAAAAACAAAUAUGAAGCCACAGCAAGGAUUACACAGGACCUAGCAGCUUCUAAAUCAAAAGGACUGGAAGGCAUGGUAUUCCAGAAAGCAAAGACUUGGGCUACAACCAUGACUCAUCUACCUAACAAAACUGAACAUAAUACUUCAGGGUAAAAAAUGCAUAUUGAAUGACAUAGAGGAGUUGCUGGCAUUCCUGAUGAAAGGACCAGAGACAAAAAAAAAAUUCAUUGAUCAAAUUUGACACUCAAGAGAAGCAUAAAAAGGUAAACAGAAAAGAAAAAAUUCAAAGACCUCAUAAAGAUUAAAAUAAUUACUAAUCAAGAUAUCUAUGAUAUAAGAGAUACUUAAAGUACCCACUCUCUCUUCAAGAAUCAUCAUAAUCCAGUGACAAGACAAAAGUCAGAAUGAUUGGUGAUGUCACCCAGGAUAUAGUGGAUGAUCUUAGAGUCUGUGAUAUUUGAUCAAGCUCUAAGUGGUCCUCAGUGCCUGCUUCUGCUGCCACCCCCAUAACCAUUGGAACAAAUUUUGGUUAUUAAUCUCUUUUGAUGGGGGAAGUCUUUACAUGCCUGGGAUAGAUACCCACAUCUUACCAAUGGGUUUGAAGCCUGUCAGCUACACCCAGCCUUCCCACUCACCUGAGUUGUGGCCACUGUGAAUACUACAGCUUCUUCGAGCCACAGGAGAGAGCUGGGUCUAAAGAAGGAAAACAGUCCUGGAGAGGACUCAACAAGUCCUCACACCAGAGGCAUUAUUCUUCUCUGAACACCCUUUGGUAAGUGUUGGUGGUAUAGUGGUGAGCACAGCCCAAGUAUGAUUCCUAGCCAAUGUAGCAAUUAAUAGUGAUAUUGCUGUGCUAAACAGUUUUAUGAUCCUUUGGGCAUAGUUCCAAAUUGCUUUUGUUUAGGAGAAGCUUCAAGCCAUGUCAGACAGGCUCUUUAGAGUACUGAAAUUUUAUCUAAAUUUCUAAAUUCUAUCUAAAUUUUAAAAAAGAUUUAAUCUAUUAGUGAAAUCAGGUGCCUUAGGACUCUGGGAGGAGGCUAUCAAUGGGAUGAGAAAUUUAAUGGUAGAACCUUGACAAUGAGUCAUAAAUUGGAGGAAUUAAUAGAUAUGGGACCUCUAUAGGGUUAUCUAGCCUUCUUGAUCUUCGUGUUCCCAGAGAUUUCUGUUCCUCAUUAGAAACCUAGAGGACAUCACCCUUUGACCUAGAGCUUUCUCCUUUCCACCUCUUUUAAAUCGGCAUUGGCUCAACUCAUACUUGAAAUCCGUGAGCUUUAAUCUAAGUGAUUCCUGAUCCUGCAUGACUCACUGGUUUGUGGCAUCUUGAAUGAUAAGAGAUCUUAGUUAGGAGUCAGAGAACAAUGUCAUUUUAACCAUUGUUUUGUGGAAUCUUGAACUUUUAACUUUCUGAACUAGUGAUCUGUAUAAUAACAGACUUUUAUUAGAUGAUCCCUAAAGAUAUUUUAUUAGAAAUAAGGAUACUAAUGGAGCCCAGGAGACUUGAGUUAAACUUUCCCACUGGAUAGAGUGGCUUGAAGCCAGGAGGUCAUGGAUCUAAAUAUGACUUCAUACACUUCCUAGUUAUAUGAUCCUGGGCAAGUCACUUAGCCCUAAUUGCCUAGCCCUUAUUGUUCUUAUUCCUCAGAACCAAUACCUAGUAUUAAAUCUCAGAUGGAAAGCAAGGGUUUAAAAAAAAUCUUCCCACUACCACAAAUAGCAACAAGGAUUGUUAGGAGCAAAGUUGCUAUAUGGCAAACCUGGAACACUUUGAGUUGUUUCCUCUUAGGUGGAUUCAUUGGGGACCCACUUUUAGGGGUUCUUUGGGGCAUGGAGAAAAUAAUAAAGUUAAAGGACAGUGACAGGAGCUCUUGACAUCCCCAGGAAUCUUAUUUUUGAUUGUCUUUAAUUCCUUUACCUGCUGAUUGUAUGUGUUUUUACUUUCCUGAACUGCACUUUUCCAUGCAUGAGGAGUCAAUUUUGUCUGCCUCAAUUUCUGUCAAAACCUGUAAAAUGGGGAUAAUAAUAACAGCACCUAUCUUCCACAAGGGGAUAAAAUGAGAUGAUUGCAGCACUAUAUGGUAGUAGCAUUCCCUCUUAUGUUCCAUGAUUUAAGCUUUAAUCCAACUUUCCACUACACAAGUAUUUGAAAGGCUGUCAUGUGAAAGAAAAGGCUUAGUCUUUGCCUUGUCUGACCCAAAGAUCUAGAGGCAAUGAGGGAAAGUUUCAAAGAGGCAAAUGAGGCCCAAUGUCAGAACAAACUUCCUCACUGUUAGAGAUGUGCAAAAAUGAAGUUGGCUGCCUGUCCCAAUGAGUAAAUUGCCUGAUAAUUGGUGGGUUUUACAUACCCUGCCCACUUCCUAUAGUAUCACUUAUAGGAAAUAAAUAUUUCCUUUUUCUCUUCUCAAACAUGGAGGGAGAGGAUAAAAAGAAAAACCCCAUAGCAUUAAGGACAUUGAUAUUUUAAAAUCAUCACCUCAAAAAAAAAAUAUCACUGCUCAAUUAGAACACAAUGAAAAUGUGCCCUAUACUUGUUCCGGAGGUGCCAAAGUAGGGCAAAGAUCACAGUGUCCCCCAGAGAACUAAAAAAAACAAAACCUCAUGAACAAAGCCAGAAACUUGACAGAGAUGAGGUCAUUGUGCCUCACUGAGCAGACAGUCUUGUUGGGGGCUAGAGCACUUUCAGAGCGAUGUCAUUUUGUUGACCGUGACAGAUUACAUAGAGCUGAUAGUGAAGGUACAGUCGGUGUAACCACUACUGGAGCCACUGUCAAUGAACCGGCCAGAACCCCAGAGGCCAUGAGGUGUUUGUAAUAGACAAGGAGCCUGUCCUGGCUUCUCUCAGGGUCUGUUUAGAUAGUCACCAGUGCUUGAGCUAGCCUUGUGGUGAUGAUGGUGACAAUCUUUCUAGACAAGUUGGGAGAUGAAAUCUCCAGGCAAAGACUAAUUUGAUUGUGAUGAAAUACUACUGUGCAUAAGAAAUGAGGAGCAGGUAACUUUUUAAAAAACCAUGGAAAGACUUACAUGAAAUUAUGAAAAGUGAAAUUAGUAGAACCAAGAGAACAUCAUAUACAACUAUAGAAUUAAUGGUAGAAGAAUAACUGGUGAAGGUCCACCUUCAGAGAAAGAACUCAAAGAAACACAAAAGACAUAGUUUAUAUAGAGAUUUCUUUUGGGUGGGUAGGGGGGCAAAUGAUGUCUUCUCUAGUGGGAGAGAGAAAGGAAAGUAGAUACCUAUGAAUUUUAAUGUAACCAACAAACAUUUUUUUUUUUAAAUUGCCUGCUUAGGGCAUGGGAAAUCCCUACUACUUGGGGACUGGCAAAAUAGCAACUUAAAAAAAAAUUUUUUAAUAGAAAUUCCUUUUCCCUUGAGGAAUACUCCAACAGAAAGAGAUGAUUGGUAAGGUAUGAAGUUUGUUUUUGAACUUAAUAUAAAGCCUCAUAUAGAUGAUGAUAUUUGCAAAGUAUAUAGCUACAGAUACAACCUAGACAAACAGUCUGAAUGAUGCUUGCUUAGAGAUUCUCUUAAGGAUGAAAUCUCAUCCGUAUUUGAUUUACAGCUACAGAUAUAGCCACAGUACUAGAAUUUCUUAAAAUAUGGACCAAAAAAGUUGAAAAAAAUACUUUCAACUUAGAUGAACAUAUUCACAUUUUAUUCAUAUUCAUUUUUAUUGAUUCCUUCCACCUCUCCACCCAGUUAAAAGAAAAUCUUGACUUUGGACACAUUGUGAAUGGAGUAAAGCAGAAAGAGCAUUGAAUUUGUUAGCAGAGAACUUAGGUCCAUAUUAAAGCCUAGUCCUUUGUCUUCUCUUGGCCUCAUUUUCUUUAACAGUGGAAAGAAUAGGCUGGGAAAUCUCUGAGGUUACUUUUUUUUCAUUUGAAAUUUUUUAUUUAAUUAAUUGAUUUAGAAUAUUUUUUCCAUGAUUACAUGAUUCAUGUUCUUUCCCUCCCUUCCUCCAAAACCCUCCCAUAGCCAGUGAGCAGUUCCAUUGGGUUUUACGUGUGUCAUUGAUCAAUAUCCAUUUCUAUAUUAUUAAUACUUACAAUAGAGUGAUUGUUUAGAGUACACCCUCAAUAAUAUCCCCAUCGACCCAUGUGAUCAAGCAGUUGUUUUUCUUUUGUGUUUCUACUCCCACAGUUCUUUCUCUGGAUGUGGAUAGUGCUCUGAGGUUACUCUCAAUACAAGAUCCUAUGACAUGUUAUGGAAAUAUAGAAUACAAAAGGAUUAAUGCUGUAGCUUGAAAUACAAAUUUAAUUUUCAUAUUGUACAUUGAUCUUUGGAGUAAGCCUUACAGAAGAUCUACUCCAACUCCUUUAUUUUAUUGACGAUGAGAAUUAGGCCCCAGAGAGAUAAAGAGAUACUUCAUUUCAUAUAUCUAUGAAAUGGUAUAGCCAGGGUGUGAAACCAGGUUCUCUGAUUUGAAAUCUACUGCCUCUCAGAAAGGAGGCACAGUGACUUAAUUUCACUAUAAAUUUGUAUUCAAGUAACACAAAAUUGAUGGUACGCUCAGUCUAAAAGAUGUUAGCCAUUUAUAAAAUUGUUGUUCAUCUGGCAUGAGAAUGGUAAGAAAGUCUACGUAUUUAUCUAUAUCUAUAUAAAUCACUAAACUAUAUCUCUUGUAGGUUGUAGAACUCUGGGUAUCAAAAAUUUGAAAAUUAUUUUUUAAAAAGAGGGAUUUAUUCACUGUCAAAUGGCCAGUUAGACUGGGACAUAUCAGUGAAUUAUUCCAGGACUUGAUAUUCAAAUCCAAUACCCUCAUACUAUAAAAUAACAUCAUUGCAUGAUUUUGUAAAUUUUGCCGUUUCAGUCUUUCACGCAUGCCUUUCAAGCUUUUUAGGGAUUUUCCCAAAAGCCCAUUCAGUUAGUCAAUCAGCAAACAUGUUGGUCUGGGUAGUGCUGCUUUUCCUAAAGCUCUUGGCUUUAGGAUCCUUGGCUAUCUCCUUCAGGGGCUGAGGAGAAGUGGCAUUUGUGAUUUGAUUUAAUUGGCUUAAGAUGCCAGAGAUGAUAGCUAUCUCCACUUUGGGGUGCCUUACUUUUUUUUUUAACCCAUACCUUCUGUUUUAGAAUCAAUUUUAAGUUGAGGUUAAGUGACUUGCCCAGGGUCCCACAGCAAGGAAGUGGCAGAGGCCAGAUUUGAAUCCAGGAUCUCCUGUUACCAGGUCUGGCUUUCUAUCCCCUGAGCCACCUACCCACCCCAGGGUGCCUUACUUCUUUAGCAAGGAAGUAUCUGAGGCUAGAUUUGAACCCAGGACCUCCUAUCUCUGGGCCUGACUCAAUCCACUGAGCUACCCAGCUGCCUUCUUCCUCUUUUCAUUUUUAUGUUUUUUGUUUUUAAAUUUUCAGUUACAUAUUUCCCAAUUUUUAAUUUUUUCCCCUGAUUACAUGUCAAUACAGUUUUCAGUGAUUGUUUUCUGACAUUUUGUGAUCCAUGUUCUCUCUGCACCUCCCCAAGACAGCAGGUAAUAUGAUGUGGGUUGUACAUGUGUUCUACAAUACAUAUUUGUUUUCACCAUGUUGUGAAAGAAGACACAUACCACACUAAGGAAAAAUUCAUGGAGGAGUGGAAGUGAAGAAUGGUGUCCUUCAGUGUGCAUCCAGACUCCGCCACUUCCUUCUAUGGCAGUGGAUGGCCUUUUUCAUCAUGAAUCCCUUGGAGUCGUCCUGGAUCCUUGCAGUGCUCAUAAUAGUUCAUUCAUUCGCUGUACUUUAUUGCUGUUACUGUGUAUAGCAUUCUCCUGGUUCUGCUCACUUCACUUUGCAGCACUUCCUAUAAUCCAGGCUUUUGUGAUCAUCUUGUUUGUUAUUUCUUGUGGCGUCAUAGUACGCCAUUACAAUCCUAUACCACAACCUGUUCAUCCUUUCUCCACUGGAUGGACAUCCCUUCAGUUUCCAGUUCUUUGUCACCACAAAAAGAGCUACUAUAAAUAUUUUUUUUAAAGUAGGUCCAUACCUCCAUCUUUGAACUCUUUGGGGGCACCAACUAGUAGGGGUAUUGCUGAGCCAAACAGUAUGCACAGUUUUAUGCUCUCCAGUACACAGCUCCACCAAUACUAUAUUAAUAUCCCAGUUUUUCACAUCCCCUCCAACAUUUAUCAUUUUCCUUCAGAGUUGUUUUAAUUUACAUUUCUCCAAUUUAUAGUGAUUUGGAGCAUUUUUUUCCCUAUGACUAAAGAUAGUUUUAAUUUCAUCUGAGAAUUGUCGACUCAUACCUUUUAACCAUUUGUCAAUUGAGGAAUGCUUUGUAUUCUUAAAUUUUUAACUUAGUUCUCUAUAUAAUUGAGAAAUGAGGCAUUUGACAGAGAUACUUCAUGUAAAAAUUUUUUCCCAGUUGUUUCCCUUCUAACCUUGUUUGCUUCUAUUUCAGCUUGUUCCAUUACUUCAAAACAAAAAAAAAUAAUUAAGACUGUGUUGUCUAAAAUCAAGUAUGUGUUGUCUAAUUAUUUUGUCUGUGACUAUUUCUUUGUAAAAUAUAGGAAAAUCCUUGUCUUGUCUUGUGUUUAGUGUUUGACUAUUCUGAGUUGUUAGAUGACAAAUUGAACUUUUGAAAAAAAUGUAAUUAAAAAUCGAUAUUUAAAAACUCAAAUAUUUAAUGGGGUAUAUUUUAAAAUGGAUAAGUUUACUAUAAUAAAGAAUGAGUUUUCAUUUGAAAA